AGACGAGUCCCGGAGGAGUGUUGGCUGUUCAGUUCCCUCGCCGGCGCUGUGUGGUUCGAGUUCUUUCUAGAAGCUUUUCCUUGUCCAGGGAACAUGCCACGUGCGAGAUUCCACGUCCUCCUCCUCUUGUCCCUGGUCAGCCUUGGCCACGAUGCCCUUGGAACGAAAAUCGAAGGACUAUUGGGCUACGAGCGCACUAGGGAGCAGGAAAAUGCAGCUGUAGAAACCCCAACUUCAGCUGGCAGAGAGGAUGUGCUGUCAGCGCAGGAGCCUGGGAAGAUUUCACCCGGAACACAGAGUCAGACACAGGCGGUUCCAACUCCUGCUCCAGUGACGUCGCAUUCAGCUCCGCAUGUACCGGUGUUUAUACCAUCAGAAUUCCCGCGUGCUCCGGACGGCUUAAACAGGUUGUAUAUUCCUCCUAUACCGCCAGCCACACAAGCCUCAGUCUUGAAACACGGGCCUUGUCCCGGGAAUUGCGAGAUUCGGAAUGCGAAUGGCGACUGCGAGAUGGAUGUCAAGUGUCUCUUCGACCAAAGUCGAUGAGCGUUGAGGUCAAAAGGAAAAACUGCUUUAUGUGUUUUUCUAAUGUCUUAUGCAGAAUACCUUUCGAGUAAACCAUUAGUUGCAUUUAACGUGACCUUCAUAUGAUAUAUAUUUA